AUAAAGUUAGUAAAAGUAUAGAACUCGUUUUGUAAUUUCUGUAUUACAAAUUAAAUAAAAGGAAAAUAGUGAAGUUUAGAUACACUUUAAUAAAAGAAGCCUUUCUACUGGUGCACCAUGCCUCUCCAUCGUUAUACUCAUGCAGUUCUAUGCAGAAUUCCUCUUUCGCUUCGUACAAGAGGCGAGGUCACAUUAGAUGAAGCCAGAACUCAACAUUUGGCACUUGCUCAACUUUUACGAGAACUCGACAUCGAUGUUGUUGAGAUGCCACCAGAUGAAAAUUCACCACUUUGCGUAUUUGUUGAAGAUAUUGCAGUUGUUUGUAAUGGGAUCGCACUUAUAGCACGACCCAAUGAACCGUCGCGCCUAAAAGAGAUUGAGACAAUUAGAGCUGUUUUAAAGAAGGAGUUAGAAAUUCCACUUAUUGAAAUAGCUGAUAAAAAUGCACGUUUAGAUGGAGGAGAUGUUUUAUUUACUGGUCGUGAAUUUUUUGUUGGGUUGUCUCAUUAUACAAAUGAAGCAGGUGCAAGAGCAGUUGCAGCAGCAUUUCCAGAAUAUCCAUGUGUACCUAUUAAGGUUGCUGAAUCCAAGCGUCUUAAAGCUUUAGUUACUAUGGCUGGUCCAGAUAUUAUUUGUGUAGGUGCUGGAAAAGAAUCUCAAGAAGUUUUAAAGAGAAUUGAGAGGGAAGCAACUUAUAAUUAUCAAACAUUAACUGUGCCUGAGGAUGCUGCUGCCAAUGUACUUUAUGUGAAUGGAACAUUAAUUCAUCGAUCUGAAGAUGAAAUUCCACAAUCAAGUAAAGUUUUUGCAGAAAAAAUUGAAUUCCCAACCAGAUCCCUACGAAUGUCUGAAUUGGCAAAGGUUAGUUCUGGUUUAACUUCUUGUUGUUUAUUGGUUCGUAGACCCAGACAUAUUCGCAGUAUUUAA